AGUUGUGCAACAGUUGAGAGUCCCGAGCCCCUCCUGCGUUGUCCACCCAGCUCAGAGUUCGUUCCUUCAGAUUGGUCGCGCGGUUUUCCCGAGGACUCGCAUGUUGCGUGGAAGGUCGAGAAGGUUUCACCUGACCCAACACACCGGAAGCACCGUCGGAAGCAACAAGUCCCGAAAGAGCUCCAAGGAACGAUGCACUCACGGUUUAAGCAGCUCGUGCGUCUGAACCACUUGGUUUUUCGUCGGAAAAGGGAGUUGGAGAGACGAGUGUGGACCGUCUCUGCUCAGCAACGUGGCGGGAGAGAGGCAGCUUUGAGUACUUGUGCAGAUUCCUGGAAGUCUUUGUCCCCUCGGGGCUGCAGGAUCCACCAUGACAGCGACUACGGCCGAACUUUCCUCGCAGCCAGAGACGACCCGACAUCAUUUUGGGCCGAGGUGGGAAAGGACAUCAGUUGGUUCGAGCCGUGGAGGAAGACUUUACACGUAGACGACCCCGUCUUCCCCCAGUGGUUCGUGGGAGGGAAGUUGAACAUUUGUUACAAUGCUGUAGACCGACACGUGGAGAACGGCCGUGGGGAGCAGCCCGCCGUGUUAUACGACAGCCCGGUGACUGGAACUAAACGAAUCAUCACAUUCAAGGAACUUCAACACCAGGUGUCGCUCCUGGCUGGGGUCCUUGUGAAGAACGGCGUUCAAAAAGGAGAUGUGGUGGUCAUCUACAUGCCCAUGGUACCGGAGGCCAUGUUUGCCAUGUUGGCAUGUGCACGAAUCGGAGCCACCCACAGCCUCAUUUUUGGGGGGUUUGCGAGCAAGGAGCUUUCCGUCCGCAUCAAUCACGCCAAGCCUAAGCUGAUGGUCACGGCCUCAUUCGGGAUCGAGCCUGGCAGGAGAGUGCACUACAUCCCUCUGGUGGAGAAGGCUUUGGAGCUGAGCUCUCACCAGCCCUCUAAAGUCCUUAUCUACAGCCGGCCUAACAUGGAGAAGGUGUCCAUGAGGUCAGGUUUGGGCCUGGACUGGGAGGAGGAGAUGGCGACUGCCCGUCCACAUGACUGUGUUCCUGUUCCGUCCAACCACCCUCUGUAUGUCCUCUACACAUCUGGAACCACUGGCACACCAAAGGGUGUUGUGCGAGAUACUGCGGGCUACGCGGUGGUGCUGAAAUGGACCAUGUCAAAUAUUUAUGGACUCAGUCCUGGAGAUGUCUGGUGGGCUGCGUCAGACUUGGGCUGGGUCGUUGGUCAUUCAUACAUCUGUUAUGCUCCACUUCUCCAUGGCAACAGCACAAUACUAUAUGAGGGGAAGCCAGUAGGGACUCCGGAUGCUGGAGCUUUCUUCCGAGUCUUGUCUGAAUAUGGUGCGGCCUCAUUGUUCACCACACCCACUGCCAUCCGUGCCAUUCGCCAACAGGACCCCGAUGCUGCGAUUGGAAAAACAUACAGCUUAUCCAGGUUGCGUUGGUUGUUUGUGGCGGGAGAACGCUGUGACGUAGACACGCUUAACUGGGCAAAGAAGACCUUUGGAGUUCCUGUUCUGGAUCACUGGUGGCAGACUGAAACUGGCUCUCCCAUUACUGCCACUUGCAUCGGGCUGGGAAACUCACUCACUCCCCCUACCGGUCAGGCUGGAAAACCUGUGCCAGGUUACGAUGUUACAGUGAUCGACGACCACAUGCAGGAGGUGAAGGCAGGAACUCUGGGAAAUAUUGUAGUCAGACUUCCUCUACCGCCUGCGUCAGCCUUGUCACUGUGGCAGAACCGGGAUCUGUUCAAGAAACUCUACUUCACCAAGUUCCCUGGCUAUUAUGACACAAUGGAUGCUGGGCUCCUUGAUGAGGAGGGUUUUCUGUACAUCAUGUCUAGAUCGGAUGAUGUCAUCAAUGUGGCGGGUCACCGACUGUCAGCUGGAGCUUUGGAAGAGGCUGUGCUGCAGCAUCCUGCUGUGGGCGACUGUGCUGUGGUCGGACUGGAGGACUCUGUGAAGGGUCAUGUCCCUCUGGCCUUGUGUGUCCUCAAAACAGGUGUGGGGCAGAGCCAGCAGGACAUCACAGAGGAGAUGGUCAAGCUGGUGAGAGAGUCCAUCGGACCUGUGGCUGCAUUCAGGAAGGUGCUGUUUGUCCACUGCCUUCCCAAAACGCGCUCUGGGAAGAUUCCUCGUGCCUCUUUAGCCAACCUUGUGAACGGGAAACCCUACAAGAUCACUCCAACCAUAGAGGACCCGGAGGUGUUCACUGACAUUGAAAAACAAGUGAAAAACACUCUUACACCCCACGCAGUCUGAACACAGCGGUGUGAGUCCUCUGGGGGUUUUCAUCCGGAUAUCAAUGAAGUCAAAUCCAAAUGGGACUAAAAUGAAUUUGAAAACACUUCAGUCAUGAUGAUGUCACUAAAGUGAAGAUUUUGAUGAUUUUGGAAAAUUCAGAUUUCAUUUUUUUAGUAAAAGCUUUUUUUAAAGCCACCUUCCUUGUUUUUCAUGAUUUCCCAGAGCACGUUACCUAACUUCAACUCAACUUACCCUGCACAUCCUGCCAAGUCACACCCCGUUGAGCGAGCAACUCACAUAAAAAAAAUCUCCUGAAUGUUUCCUUGUGCGUUCAGUCCGCUCUUGUUGUAUUUAUCAAGUUUCUCUUCCUGCUGCGAGAAUUUGCCUGCAUGUUAAAGAAUUA